AUGUUAUCAAUCAUCCUCGUAAUAAAAAUAGUUCAUGUUUACAUUUUGCUAGUAGUUUGAUAACGUUCCAAUAAAAUUAUAUCAAAAAUGAUGAGAAACAUGGGCAGGGUCCUGCAAACCACAUUAUAUUGUCAACCAUUCAUUCUUUCGACAGCUCGGCCCGUUACAGUUAGCAUCGUCUCCCAACAGCAAUACUCAUCGAAAUAUUCCAAGUCACCAUCUGCUUCCAGUGAGAAAGUUGGCGUAAAGAACGACGCAGUUGCGAAAAAGACUAAAACCGCGGAACCGAAAAUAACACUCAUCGGCACGGACCAAUCGGUCUCGAUCGUUGGCUUGACCGAGGCACAGAAUAUUUCCAAGCGGCGCGAUCUUAAGCUGGUGAGGAUUGUGGACUUGGAUGUGAAUUCUCAGCGACCGAUUUACAAACUAAUGACCAGUGCUGAAUAUUUGACCGAAGAGUUGAAACGACGCGAGGACAAAAAACGCAACAAAGAUGCAGCCGCUAUCAAGGGCGAGAAGCUGCUUGCCAUUAGUGCCCGUAUCACGGAACAUGAUUUGACAUCCAAGAUUCAAAAUGUUCUAAAAUGGUUGAAGAAGAGUUAUGAGGUACGUGUUGUGAUUUCGGGCGAAGGGAAUAAAUCCCAGCAAGAGUCCAUUGCGAAUCGCUUUGAAAGUGAAACGAAAGAUGCUGGGAAGAUUGUCCAAAAACGUAUUCGAGACAAUAACUUGAGGUUCCAGAUUGUCCCGAGCGCCAGUAUACCCGAUUCGAAUCAAGUUGCACCUGGUACGGAAAAGAAGGGUUUAUUGGAUGAGAAACAAGUGGCGAAUGAUACGCAGUCGGUUAGAGCCUAUCAUACCGAACGGAGGUAGGCGUGACAAUCAAAGCCAAAGGACGAGAAUCUACCGACACGGCAUCGGCUAGAGCAAAUAUUGAAGCCGAUUGGUUUUGUCGGUUUGUUCCUGGUCUUGAAAUAUUCGUUCUGGUCCUACAUACUGCGUGAUAGGAGAAGAUGAUUGUACUGAGUCGUCGUGUAUUGUUAUUUUUGUUUGGAAAUAUAGUUUUUGCGAGUAAAUACCGAAUUUCUUUGAACU